AUGCAAUUGUGUGGAUGUAUACCGGUUGGAAAUGGAGCUCGACAUGAAAAUAAACAAUACAAUACGAAGCCAUCGAUGAAGAGAUAUUCUCUUAAACAUGAGAUACCGACAAGUACAACUGAUUCGUUCGUGGCAACGAAUACCCGAAAAGAGCGAACAAAAUCAAAUACAAGUACAAUGACUGAGUCGGGAACGAAACGAUAUACUCUCAAAAAACAAUCUUCAUCAGCUUCAAUCAACAAAAUUAUUACUCUUAACAAUCGUCAUUCACAAACUGAUACCGCUGAAAGACGAUCAGUUGCAUAUGCUUAUGAAAGUGAAAAUGAACAAAGACGAUUUCUCGAAUUAAAUAAAGAAAAGCGUCGAUCUAUUCAUGAAUUACAAUUUAAUCAAAUUAUUCUUCACGGAAGUAAACGUACCAAGAGUUCACCCGAUGUGAAUCAAUUUAUGAGUGCAAAUACAUCACGUGAAACAACAACAUGCGAUGAAAAUGAUAAUCCUGACAAUUCACGACAUAAAAGAUCUGCUGCGCGUCGUCGCAAACGAAGUAAAUCUCCUCGUAAACCAAUGCCAUCAGAAAUUUUAGAUGCAAUCAAGUUUGAGCUUGUAGAGCCUGUUGGUUUAGAUGAGAAUCAGCUCAAAGACAUUCCAUAUGAAAACAUCAAAACAACAACUCAACCAUUUCGAAUCAGUCUUUCGCCACAUUCAGCUCGACGACGACGUUCUUUGCCAUUUAAUCGUGCUGGUGAUGUAGUGCAUAAUGCACCAAAUAAUAUGUUGUCUUAUCGACAUCAACCAGCUGUCGUUUGUGUUGCUCAAGUUAAAUCAACAAAAAUUAUCAGCAUUGCACGAACAACCGAACAUUGUGCACAUUGA